UGCAUUUACACACAGGUCAGAAGCCCAACGUGGAGGAAAGGAUGUGGGUCUGCUGACAUCUGCAAGCCAGAGGUUUAACUGGAGCACGACCGUAUCAAGACUGACAAACAACGGCCUUAACAUCUAAGAAUCCCCGCGACAUGUAACUUGUUGUCAAGAGCCUUGUGUCCCGUAGGACACCCUGAAGCUCAGCCAGUCUCAGUGCCUCCAAGGGGCUUUCUGUCAUGAGGGGGCGUUGCUCUCGGAAACUGGGCGUUCUGGCCAAGGCUGGCUUCCUGCUCUGGCUGCUGUGGCUGGGCUACCUUCUCUUAGCACGCUCCUCUUUCCCCUCUUCUUCCUCCGUAGAGGAGGAAAGCGAGGACCACAUUCUCCUGGCGAGACAGUUCACCUUGGAGGAGAGCGGGGCUGAUGGGCAGCUGGCUCGACCCCUCUACAUUAAGCCAUCACCGGACAGCAGUGCACCGGGGGAGUGGGGUCGGGCCACACACCUCAACCUCAGCCCUGAAGAAAAGAAACAGGAGCAGGACAGCAUUGAGCGCUAUGCCAUCAAUAUCUUUGUCAGUGAUAAGAUUUCCCUCCAUCGGCACAUCCAGGACCACAGGAUGAAUGAAUGCCGAAAUAAGAAGUUUGACUACCGACGUUUACCCACCACCUCUGUGAUCAUAGCCUUUUACAACGAGGCCUGGUCCACCCUGCUGAGGACUAUUCACAGUGUCCUGGAGACCACGCCUGCCAUCCUGUUGAAAGAAAUCAUCCUCAUUGAUGACUACAGUGACCGAGGCUACCUGAAAUCCCAACUAGCCGACUACAUCAGUAAUCUGGAACGAGUGCGGCUCAUCCGCACCAACAAAAGGGAGGGUCUGGUCCGGGCACGUCUCAUUGGAGCCACCUAUGCCACGGGUGACGUACUGACAUUUCUCGAUUGCCACUGUGAGUGCGUCCCUGGCUGGAUUGAGCCUCUACUGGAAAGGAUUGGUGAGAAUGCUAGUACCAUCGUGUGCCCUGUGAUCGACACCAUUGACUGGAACACCUUUGAGUUUUACAUGCAAACAGAUGAGCCAAUGAUCGGAGGUUUUGACUGGAGGCUCACCUUUCAGUGGCACUCUGUCCCCGAAGUGGAACGCAAGAGGCGCAAGUCUCGCAUUGACCCCAUCAGGUCUCCAACAAUGGCAGGUGGAUUAUUUGCCGUGAGCAAAGCCUACUUCGAGUACCUGGGCACGUAUGACAUGGGCAUGGAGGUGUGGGGAGGAGAAAACCUAGAGCUCUCCUUCAGGGUGUGGCAGUGUAGGGGCAGCCUGGAGAUUCAUCCCUGCUCCCAUGUGGGCCACGUCUUCCCUAAAAAGGCCCCUUAUGCACGGCCCAACUUCCUGCAGAAUACAGUGCGAGCUGCAGAGGUUUGGAUGGACUCUUACAAACAACACUUCUACAACAGGAAUCCCCCAGCCAGGAAGGAGACCUAUGGGGAUAUCUCAGAGCGGCUGCUGCUGAGAGAGAGGCUGAAAUGCCACAGUUUUGACUGGUAUCUGAAGAAUAUCUACCCUGACCUACAUGUACCUGAGGACAGGACAGGCUGGCACGGGGCUGUGCGGAACUCAGGGAUACACUCAGAGUGUCUGGACUACAACGCUCCAGAGCACAGUCCCACAGGUGCCCACCUUUCUCUGUUUGGCUGCCACGGCCAGGGAGGCAACCAGUACUUUGAAUACACAUCUCGAAAGGAGAUCCGCUUCAACUCGGUGACGGAGCUGUGUGCUGAAGUACUCGACGGGCAGACCUCCAUCGGGAUGAGGCAUUGUCCUGGUGAUGGGGAGCUCACACCCCCCAGUAUCGUCUGGGAGUUCAGAAAGGAUGGGACCAUCUACCACGCUCACUCAGACAAGUGUGUGACAGCCUAUCGCACACCGGAGGGCCGCCCGGACGUCCAGAUAAGGCGGUGCACCCCGGGAGACAAAAACCAGCAGUGGAAGUUUGAGUGGUAGGGGGGGAGGAAGAGAGAAAGUAGCAUGGAACCUCAAGUGACCUUGUUUUACCAUAGUGCAAUUACUACCCAAUUCUCUCUCUCUGCACUCCAUUUAAAUGGGAAUAGAGAGGAAAUAAAAGGCGGUGAAAAAGUCACUUUGAGCCAAUGAUUCACCCAAUUCAACGCUUUGAUGCCCAUGUGAAUGACUCAAUAAGUGCAUAUUGUAGCGGAGUGAAUGAGAAUUGCGAGGAGACGUUUAUUUGGUCUUUUUAAGCAGACCAGCUGAACUUGAGACUUUUAACUUUGUGUUGCUUUCAUCCAAGUGCCUCUGCAACCAAAACGUUUAAGUCCAGCGCACAUCUGAAGUGUCAUUAUUGUCAUGUUCUCUUUCAUCUAAUGCAGCAGCUUGAAAGCAAUGAAAACUGAUCUGACUGUCCAGCAUGAGAGAAAAAAAGGUGCCUUUCAACGAGAUAUGGGACAAAGCAUUUCCUAGAAAAAAACAACAUGCUGCUCUAGAAAAUGCUUGACGUGCAAUUAAUAUUAAUCAUUAUUUUUAAGUCGUCAUGCUUGUUUAUUCAAGAUGGGCUGCUCAAAGAAGACUCGCCAGGAAUGUGAGGUCAGCAGCAUUUUUGCCCCAAACCAGCUACUUCCUAACAUGCUCCAUCAUGCGAGAGGAAAAACAGGGAGAAAUCUGUGGUCAUGCUAGACUGUUUCUCAAUUCUGUCUCUUGUCUGCGGAGCCGGUUUCAUGGCAGAGCUCUGCCUGAACAAGACUUGAAGCGUUCAUUAAGCAUCAGUACUAAGUGCAAUUUGCCCCAGAGGGCUUAGCGAGUUGGCAGGAAUGUUGUAAUCUGUUCUUCCCUGUUGUGUAAAAUUAAGAGCACCUCCUAAACUCAUCUGUCACUGUGCCUUUGGAAAGGUUGUCGCCCUAAAAGAACUUGUUUGUGCCGAAAUGAAAUGUGCCAGUGGAUGUCACAUGUAUUCAGAACAUUUCAGAUGCUAAAAACUAGAACAACACUGGCUUGAUGCACUUGAUUUUAUUUAGACACAAGAAGCCUUAAAGGUAGCGCCUGUUUAAUUUAAUCCUUCAACUUGGCUGUGCCAGAAUGUUUUUUUAAGACUCCUGUGUGUAAACUGUACUUGAAAUGACAUCAGAAAUACUCCUGUUUUGUUUUGUUUUCCGCUGAAGUCCCUGUUGGUGUUCCUCUUGGGAUUCAAGCACCAAGACACACAGUGUAACCGUUGUUGAAAUGUUUGUUGAAUAGCAGCUGUAUUUGCCGAAGACUGGUUAUCACUGAGCAGCGUUUGGCAUCUGUGGUCCUUUGACUUCAUGAAUUUGAGAUAUUCUGUUUUGCGUUACCUUUUUUUUGUAAAUGUUUGGUUUAAGGGACCAGAGUGGGAUGAUGGUAUUGUAAAGCACCUUUAAAACUACUGAUGAUGCACAAGGGAUGAUGAUUACUUGAUAUGAAGGAGAUGGUGACUUAAGUGGGAUGGGUGUUUCAAUGUUGAUUAAAACUGUUGGGAUGAUGAAAGAAUAAAAAAACUAACCGCA